ACAGCAACUUUAGUUGCUUCAUUUGGAGGAAACUUUAAUGAAAGGCAACUUUUUCACGGGACCGCUGCAGCGUUGUCACCCAGAAGAACAAAACACACUACUAGGUAACGCUAGCUAACUGACAGCUGGCAACAAGAGGUGUGUUGAGAUAAGACGGUGGAGAUUAAACGGGUGGUAUUUUCCUAAUCCUGUCGGGCAAGUUUCAGCAAUGCCAGACGUUGAACCGCUCAGAUUCCCAUCGAGGGAAGGACGACCUAGUCAUCAAGAUCAAGCAGAUCUUCAAGCUGUCUGUUCUGGAAGACGUCGCACUUGUGUUUUGCUCAACAGUCCCUCACCAUGUGUCGACAAUGCUAUUUACCAUAUCCAAGAGCUGAAGAUGACAGUGGAAAAUUGGUGUCAACAGUCGGGAAAAUAUGAGCCACCAGUCGAUCAGGACAAGCACCAAUACAGCAACAUUUUAAGAUUUCAUUCCAGCGACUUAGAUACUGAAUCAGUGACGUCCACGGAGUUGUUUGUCGAAGGCGUUGGAAUUAGUGCAAGAGUUUUUCAUCCUCUAGAAAGUUGCCCAUUAUCGCCACUAGUGAAGAAAAUAAAUGAUGUCCUCGGAGAGGUUGUGUAUCUGAUUGAGCGGCUGGAGGCUGAUCGGCAGUAUGUGGAGGAAGCACUCCAAAAAGAGAAGAGAAGAAAAAGAUUUUUGGAGAACAAAGUUGACAGCAUCUCACUGUGGAAGCAACAAGAGCACUCUUUUGUAGUCCAAAAAGAGCACGAGGCUUGCAUUAGAGACAUCACUGAACUGAAGUGGCAGCUAAAAUUGGAAAGAGAGAAACUUGACCAAGCCCAGGAGAAACUGUCACAGACUGAGAUGUUGAACCAGCACUUACAUGAGGACAUCAGCUUUGCCAAAAAACAAGUUCCCAUAGUGAAAGAAAACCUGGACCUCCAGAGAGGAAUCAUAAAUCAAAUCAACACUGCACAAGCUGAGGCUUAUGAAGUACAUUCAAAAACACGAAGUCAUCUCAUACUGGUUCAGAGGGAGUUAAAAGAUAUGGCGCUGGACAGAGACAAUGAAAAGAUGUCAAUGGAUGCUGUACAGAUGGGGAUGAAGAAUAAGCUUGCUAUCAGGUUGGAAGAUUUAAACCAGUUGAAGAAGCUGGAGAAAGGAGUUUGUGCUGAAAUAAAGAAUGCUGAAAAGACAGUUGCUCUUACUGAAGAAAAGUGCGCAGCCACAACAAAACGUAUCUCUGAAAUGAUGGAGCUUGAGAAAACUGAAAGAAACUGGAUUUUGCAAUUGAAAUUUCAAAUUGAAGAUGAAAUGCGAAAGAACAAUACAUUAAAAGAGAAACUACUUGCACUGCAAGAAGACAUUGAGAAAACUAGACUUAACGGGGAAGCAGAGGUUUCCUGCAUAGAAGAGCAGCUCUGUUCCAAACGUAAUGCUUUUUUAGCUCUUCGCAAAGAAAACAUGGAGUAUGAACAGAAUAUAGAAGACUACAAGAUAAAACUUUCUGAGAGCAAAAAAGCAGUGAAGCUGAUGCAUGAAGAGAGGAAGCAGAUGCUCCAGAAAAUCAUUGACAAUGACGAGCAGUGGGAAAAGGCCAAGGAGGAAGUGACCGAAGUUGUAGCCCAGCACAGUGUCACCCAGACUAAACUGGAGGAGCAGGAACAGCUCACCUUCAUGGAAGAACAGAGGGCCAGGAAAGAGAUUGAAGACCUGAAGAAAGAUCUGACAGGUCAGAUCACUGCCCUGGAACUACUAAAGGGUCAGUGUGCAAAUAUAAACGAAGAGUUGUAUCGACAGCAAAGGAGCUCAGAGAUAACUAACCAAAAACUUCAUAAAGAAUUUGAAGAUGCAUCCUCAGCAACAAAAGCUCUGGAGACCAAAAUUGAGAAAAUCAAGAAAAUGGCAGAACAUUUGGAAAAGAUUCAGUCUGAACACAGGAACACAUUAGUCAACUUUGAGAAGGAGAAAAAACUAAAGUCUGACAAGCUGAAAGCUGCUCAGGAUUUACACAGUGCCAUUAUAAAGAGACAUGACAACACCCUGGGCAGGAUCAGUGACCUUACGAAGAAGAGUGAAGAAUACCGAGAUGCUUCAGAUAAAAUGGAAAAGAUAGUUGAAAACAUGCCAGAAUUCAUAGCAGAGCUUCAAAGUGUUUUUGAUGUGGUGGAAUUCAAAAACAAAUCAGCUGCUCUCAUAAUGAGCACCUUGCAGUCUGAUAUUAAUAACUGCCAACAACGAACACAGCGAUCCAUGCAGACACACACUGCUCAUUUUGCAGCAAGAAAAAAACAAAUGGAAGACACCAAGGAAGCACUAAAAAUUGCGCUGAAGGAGAACAAACAGCUGGCAGAUGAGUACAAAGGUCUUAAGAAGAUCCUCAUGGAGGCCAAACAGGAAACAGUGUCCGCAAUGAGCGAGAAAAACCACACACAUAAAUCUUUUCAUUAUUACACACAGCUCUCUUUGUUGCAGAAGAGGAUGCACAAAGCUUUGGUGAAAUACUUCAAACAACGCAGCCUCUACAGCCAGGCUGAACUGGACCGGUGCCAGGCUCUUUCUCGAGAGACCGACCAGAAAAUAAAAACAGCCCAGUCUAGGUAUUCUACCGGAUAGAAGCGUAUUCUUUUGCAUACUACAGUGACUCCAUGUUAUGCUUGGCAUUGUUUGAGCCUCAUCCGGCUAGUCAGUUGCCUUGUGUCUUCUUUGCCAAGCAGGGGCAGCCAGGCAAACAUCCACCAAGGCUUUGUGCCUCACUCCUAUGGUGAAGUUAAAGACACCACUCUUACAUUACAGUCUAUACAUUCACUCAUCAGACUGAUGUGAUGGAUGAUGUGUCUGCUAGAGUGCCUAUGCAGUGACUCCGUGUCUGAGGCUAGUCCUGUCUCUGUAGAUAUCUCUAUAUACACACACAACACAUAGUGUUUGGUAACAUUGCAUUAACAUUUGAGCCUGUUUCCUGUUUAGCGGGGGCAUUUGUGACUUUCAUGGCUAAUUCGGAGUAAGUUCAUUACACCGCGUGGACGGAAUCUGUGUUACAGCUUCUCCUUUGUGAAUAGAAUAACCUUCUGUCUGUCUUGCAGAAGAACAGCAGCAUAUUCUGCAAGGUUGAGAAGUAAGGAUCUUCAUUUAGAAGAUAAUCGGUGUCUAAUCUGUGCUGUGAUGUGAGAUGAGGUCAAAGCGGACGGAGAGACAGUGAUGAAUCUUUAUGAAAUGUCCUGUCCAGCAUUACCGCAGAGCCAGGUUGCAUGCAACCAUACUAUGGACUAUUUCCACCCUUUUUACUUCUUCUAUACCUUAAACAGUAGGGCAUCCCAAACCUCAUGUCAUGUCAGUAGCAAUCUGUUGUUUUUGUGUAAAAUCCCUUUUUUUUGUUGUUGUUUAAUUUGUUAUUCACCAAAAUUUUAAUUCAGCUUCAUCAGAUAUGCUGGAGGAAAAAUAUGCUCAGAUUUGAUUAAGGUUUUCUAGGGGAGUACCUAGUGAAAAUACUAUUAAGUGGUUUCCUUCUCAGUUCCUCCUCCUUUGACUGCUGGCAUGUUUUUUUGAUGGGUCUGGUCCAGACAUUACAGGGAGCAGCCAUGUCUCACUGGCCCAGCCUCAAAAGGCCCCAGCAGAUCACAGCUCAAGGCAGGGAGGAGUAGGGCACAGGGGGAGGAGCUAUCAGAGAGCUGCAGAGUGUGAAGGACAAAAGAGCUGGUGUAUUCAAGCGCACCACACCGUCACUCGUCACAGCUCAGCACAGGGUCCAUCAGAGCAGGCAGCACUCACUUUAAACAGGCUCCUCAUGAACAGUCCAGCUCAGGGUCUAUCCUCCAAAAAGCACACAUGUAGAAAAACCUUUGCGAGAAGAAAGAAAACAACCGUUAUUAGUUCAUGAGCACAUAUAAACACACAAUCUGCAUGAUUACCUAAAUAUUGGGACCUUUAAUGUGAUCUUAUGAUCCAGAAAGAAUUGCUCUGACUAUGCAGAUAGUGAUAAUGCAUGUGGUGUUUCAGUAGGUCUGUAUUAAACACAAAGCUUCACAAUUACAUGAUAUCAAUAUCGUCGCCACUUUGUAAGAAAUAAUUGUCAAAACUGAUACCAGUUGUAACCAGGCUGAAUCCCGACGAGGCCUAUACUA